GGAAAUAAAACCAUUGUCAAUGUAAAUGAGACACGCACAGCACGAGAGAGAGAGCGUAAGAAAGUGACGGGGGAGGGUUCCUACGUGCAGGAGAGUAGGGAAGGUGUGUGUUUUUUUUGUCGUGUGCAGUGAAGACAGAAAGUCAGUGCCAUGCCCCAGCAGUGAUGGACUCUCAAAAUUGCGCUGCGCUGGACAUCUCCACCAGGAACCCACAGGAGGACUUUGAGAUCCUUGUGCGAGUUGGUGGAGGAACCUAUGGGGAGGUUUACAAGGCACGGAACAAACAGAAUGGUGACUUUGCUGCCAUAAAGAUCAUCAAGAUGGAGCCAGAGGACGACUUCUCGGUGAUCCAGCAGGAGAUUGUCAUGGUGAAGAGUUGCAAGCACCGCAAUAUUGUGGCGUACUAUGGGAGCUACAUACGGGCCAAUAAGCUGUGGAUCUGUAUGGAGUACUGCGGCGGUGGCUCCUUACAAGAUAUCUACCAUGUGACGGGACCUCUGUCAGAGCUACAAAUUGCUUACGUGUGCAGAGAAAUGCUGAAGGGCCUGGACUACUUGCAUGGCCAGAAGAAGAUUCACAGAGACAUUAAGGGUGCCAAUAUUCUCCUAAAUGACCAAGGAGAGGUGAAACUUGCGGAUUUUGGGAUUUCGGCACAGAUCACAGCCACCUUCGCUCGCCGCAUGUCCUUCAUUGGAACGCCCUACUGGAUGGCACCAGAGGUCGCGGCAGUGGAGAUCAAGGGCGGGUACAAUGAGCUGUGCGACGUGUGGUCUGUGGGCAUCACAGCCAUUGAGCUGGCAGAGCUGCAGCCGCCCAUGUUUGACAUGCACCCGCUCAGGGUGCUGUUCCUCAUGUCGAAGAGUGGUUACCAGCCUCCAAAACUAAAGGACAAAUCCAAAUGGUCCCCUUUGUUCCACAACUUCAUAAAGACCAUGCUCAUCAGGAACCCCAAGAAGAGGCCGAGUUCCUCAAAAAUGCUUACCCACAUGUUUGUCACUCAGCCUGGGCUGAACCAGUCCCUGACAACGGACCUACUCGAGAAGCUCCAGCAUCCGGAGAAGCUGAAGGACUGCCUGCAGCCUGAAGAGGAGGAGAUGGAGGUGAUUCCUGGCUCCUUGAGGAGAAUUCACUCCACAAAUCGACACAACAAAGCUGAGCGCACCAACUCUGACAACAGCUGGCCACAGAUAUUCCCAAAAAGACCAACACAGCAAAACAGAGACUCCCUGGAGGGGACGGUAAGGGUAUCGAUGUGGCAGACAAGACAGAGGAGAACAGUAAACUCUACAAGCAGAGAGAGCAUGACUGACAGGACCUCUAACAGGACAGAAAGCACAGAUUCCGAUGACGAUUAUGAUGAUGUGGAAAUCCCUAGUAGUUACUCCAACUGUGAAACACUGCCAGCUGAUGAACUCCCACCCCCUCUUCCUCCUAAACCCAAGUUGCGCACUAGCUCAGAGGAGAGCAUUAGCGGAGAAGAAAGUCGAGGGAGAAGUGGGGGCUCACUUUAUGCACCUUCGCCCUUGGUGCGCUGCUCCAGUGGCACCCCGAGCCGCCCCGUCCCCCAUCCACGUUCAGUCCGCAACGUAAACUCCGACCCCACCUCAUUUGCUGGUCACAUUACUGACACCCCACCAGACCUACAGCCACCUGUCCUGCCACCCAAAAAGGACAGGAAGCUGCGGCAACCCCUUCAGGCCCCAGUUGAUUGCUCCAGUUCAGUGUUGAAAAAACCUCCAGUGUUCUUUAAGAAAGUGUUCCACGGAUGUCCUUUAAAGAUCAACUGCUCAACCAUCUGGGACCAUCCAACAACUAAAGACCAUCACCUCAUCUUUGGAGCGGAUGAAGGCAUUUUCAUUCUGAACUUGAAUGGAUCAGAAGCCACAAUGGAGCUGCUUUAUCCAGGGAGGUGUAGUUGGGUGUACACUAUCAACAAUGUCCUUAUGUCGAUAUCAGGCAAGGCCUCCCAACUACAUGCCCACUCACUGAAGGAGCUGUAUGAACAGAUGCGCAAGGAACAUCGUAUCGUGGCGCUGCCAACUCACAGACUUCUACCAAGGAAGUUUGCGAUAACUAGUAAGAUUCCCGACACCAAGGGCUGCAGGACAUGCUGUGUGGGUCAAAACAGUCAGCAAAGUUGCGUGUUCUUGUGCGGUGCUCUUGAGUCUAGCGUGGUCUUGCUACAGUGGUAUGAGCCCAUGCACAAGUUUAUGCUCAUCAAGCACUUUGACUUCCCACUGCCGAAUCCACUGCGUGUGUUUGAGAUGCUGGUAGUACCAGAUCAAGAGUACCCGCUGGUGUGCAUUGGGGUGACUAAAGGUCCUAAUGCCAGCCAACCUGUGCAGCUGGAGAACAUCAACCUGAACUCCAACACAUCUUGGUUCACAGAUACCGGAUCAGCGAACAUCAGUCCCGACAGAGUACAGGUGAAUCAGCUGGACUGCAGUACAUUACUGGUGCUCAUUGAGAAGUCAGUACAUAUUGUUGACCUGGAAGGUGCACCGAAAAGCCAGAGACGACUGCAGUCUGAGACAAACUUCUCCUUUGCUGUGGAGGCAGUGGUGUUUUUUGAGAACACCUUGUUAGUCAUGUGGCAACACGGAUGGCAGCGAAGAGGGGAGUGCUUCUCCGACAUCUUACAGGAGAUCAUAGACCCGAAGAAGACCUUCCGGCUGGUGGGAUCUGACAGGAUGGUUGUCAUGGAAACGCGGCAAUGCGAGGACCCAUCAGGACUCAGUAACCUACACAUUCUGGAAAUUGCAGAGACCUUUGUCCCAGCAACCUGAGCUUAAUUACGAGGACUGACAUAACUGAGACAGACGUCAUGAGCAGUGAAUGAUCCAUAGCAGCCAGAACCCAAUAUUGUGUUACAUCAGCACGCAUGCAACCUCCACUGCUGCGAUCAGCCCCUCUGAGAAGUCCUGCAGCAGGGUGUGGCUGAACAUGUUCUCUUUUGUUCCGAAGUUCCUUCAUUAUUUUUCUGCUGUGUUUCCACAGCGAAACACAGGAUGGACUGGUUGCUCAGACACACAGGGUAGCACAACCCCCAUGCUGAACUGAACAGAAUGAUCUACAUUACCAGACUUUCUUAAAACUACAUGCCAUGAACUCAAAUGAGUUUUAACAACGGUAAUAAAGAUUGAGUCUAGCGUGGUGUUGCUACCAGUUUAUCUAAAUUUUUUCGUAAUCUAUCCUUCUAUCUUCUAAAAUCAGAAACACCAUCACAUUCAAAUGCUGUUAUGUAAAUAAAGAAACUCUUUACUCCAGAGAGCCAUAAUUGCCUGCAUCCUCAAUAAUAAUGGGCUAUCCAGCAGCUAUCCAGGUAAGCGCAGACAUAUACACCCUGAAACAAAUGCUGACACAAGUAUCCAACAAAAUAAUAUGAAAUAUUACUGUCUCCCUCACACUGGAGUCUACUUGGGGGUCAUUCAAGAAAGCUUUUCAGAACCACCUGGGAUUCUACUGAGUAAAAAAAAAAUCCAAGGCUAGAUAGCUAUGUUAAACAAAAGAAAGCCACAAACUAAUGAAGUUGCAUCUUUAUUUUUUUUUCCUAAGAUUUUGCAGCAUUGUCAUUUGUGGUGUUUUCUCUGUUCUUCGGUCCAGUGUUGUAUAAAUUCCAAAAAUGCGGUGUGAGUAAAAGGAACGGCACCGCUGUUCAAUUUCACGUCAGGACAUUACCCGGUUUUCAUCAGAUUGUUAGCUGGAAAGGAAUAUCCACACCGUUCUCG